CUUGUCCCAAAUAAUCACAGCAUGGGGUUGUGCCUUAAUUAGCAUUGUUGACCCAUAGUUUCUAAUUUUACGUGUAAAUUGGGAGAAGAAGAUGGUGGGAGACUAAUGGGUUUUGGAAGUUUCGGUUGUCAAGAUUUUUUUUCAUCUUUUUCUGUGUGUUCUUAUGUGAGUUGAGUCUUUUAGCUUACGGUGGAUGUCAAGAUGGAUGUGCGAGAAAGAAGCAAAUGAAGGUCUUUGCGGCCAAGGUCGAGGAUGGAAGGGAGGGCCAAGAUGGAAAGCCCUCAAUAGGCCCCGUCUAUCGGAAUCUACUUGCCAAAAAUGGGUUUCCUCCGACUGAUCCCGACAUAAAUACAACAUGGGACAUUUUCAGGGUAUCCGUCGAAAAGCAUACUAAAAACAAGAUGCUCGGAUGGCGCAAAAUAAUCAGCGGAAAGCCAGGACCUUAUGCCUGGAAAUCCUACAAGGAAGUCUACGACGAAGUCUUGCAUAUAGGUUCCGCAUUACGUGCAUCCGGAGCUGAACCUGGCUCCAGAGUGGGAAUUUACGGAGCAAACUGCCCGCAGUGGGUUAUGGCAAUGGAGGCUUGCAACGCACACAGUUUGGUAUGCGUGCCUCUCUACGAUACCCUCGGUCCAGGAGCUGUUAACUUCAUACUGGAUCACGCGGAGAUAAAUUUUGUUUUCGUCCAAGAUAAGAAAGCAAAAGAACUACUAAAUCCGGAUUGCCUUUCUGCCAAAAAGCUAAAAUCGAUCAUUUGCUUUACGUCUUUGGCAGAGGACGAGAAAGAAAAGGUGGUUCAAACCGGGACUGUACCUUAUACAUGGGAUGAGUUCCUUCAGAUGGGAAAGGAGAAUCCGUCGGACAUUUUGCCGCCUCGGCCUUUUGACAUCUGCACAAUCAUGUACACCAGUGGCACCAGUGGAGAUCCGAAAGGUGUUGUUCUGACACAUGAAAACCUCGCAGCUUUUGUAGCAGGGAUGGAUCUCUUUAUGGAGCAAUUUGAAGAUAAGAUGACAGUGGACGAUGUGUAUCUAUCUUUCUUGCCGCUUGCUCACAUUCUUGACCGUACCAUUGAGGAGUAUUUUUUUCAUAAGGGCGCUUCCAUCGGCUAUUAUCAUGGGGACUUGAAUGCACUGAGAGAUGAUCUGAUGGAGUUGAAGCCAACGUUUUUCGCGGGCGUGCCUAGAGUAUUCGAAAGGAUACAUGAAAGCAUUAAAGUAACACUAGAAGAACUCAAUCCAGUGAGGCGGAGCAUAUUCAAUCUUCUCUACAGGCACAAACUACACUGGAUGAAUCUGGGAUAUAAACAAAAAGACGCAUCGCCACUGGCGGAUUUGUUGGCUUUCAGGAAGGUAAAAGCUAAGUUAGGUGGCAGGCUUCGCCUUAUAGUAUCUGGAGGCGCACCAUUGAGCUCCGAGAUCGAAGAGUUUCUGCGGGUUACUUGCUGUGCUUUUGUGGUUCAAGGCUAUGGCUUGACCGAAACCUGUGGGCCAACAACUCUCGGAUUUCCUGACGAAAUGUCCUUGAUUGGAUCUGUCGGCGCGGUGUCCGUAUACAAUGAGAUGCGCCUAGAAGAAGUUCCGGAGAUGGGCUACAAUCCGCUGCGGAACCCUCCAUGCGGUGAGAUAUGUGUUAGAGGGAAGUCUGUUUUUUCAGAAUACUACAAAAAUCCCGAGUUGACAAGAGAAUCUAUAAAGGACGGCUGGUUCCAUACAGGGGACAUUGGGGAAAUAUUUCCUAAUGGCAACGUCAAGAUCAUCGACAGGAAGAAGAAUCUUGUAAAGCUCUCCCAAGGAGAGUAUGUUGCGCUCGAGUAUUUGGAAAAUGUUUAUGGAGUCACCGCAAUAGUGGAAGAUGUUUGGGUAUAUGGGGACAGCUUCAAAUCAACGCUCAUCGCAGUCGUCGUACCACAUGAAGAGAACACCAGAAAGUGGGCAGUUGCGAACGGUUACCCAGGGUCCUUUACCGAACUCUGUUCUCUCAAUCUAUUGAAAGAGCACAUCCUCGCUGAGUUCAGAGAGAUUGCUCAAAGAAACAAGCUGAGGGGCUUCGAGUACAUCAAAGGAAUCAUCCUCGAACCGCUCCUGUUCGACAUGGAAAGAGAUCUGGUGACCGCAACGCUCAAGAAGAAGAGAAACAAGUUGCUAAACCACUAUCAGGUGCAGAUCGAUGAACUCUACAGAACUUUGGCCGGUGGGAGACUAUGAACUUCAAUGAUCGCCUAAAGUUGAGGACCAUUACGCAACUACUGCUUUCGAUCCAUCAAUCCGUCAAAGUCGCUGCUAUGACCAGUAUAGGUUGUUCAUAGAUGUUGUACUAGCAUUAAGUUUUCGCAUGUCCAUCAAUAGCUGAGAACUGUGAUAAGGACCGUAAUGACGAACACCGUAUACAAAAGUUUUAGUUCGCGAGAAAGCUUGUGUCGAUUACAAAUUUGUACUGCAUUUUUCCUUGCGUCAACCCAGAGCAAUUGCGUAAGAAUCUUAAUAAUUUUGAUCUUUGACCACGAUGCCAUCGUCUUUUUCGUGAA